CACCACCUCCUCCCCUCUCCCACCCGGCACCGGGCACAUCCUCGCUCUAUUUCCUUUCUCUUUCUCUCGUGCUCGCUCGCUCUCUCUCUUUUUUCUAAGGCGGGGAGGGAGGGAAGGGAAAGGGGGGGGGAGGCAGGAAAGACCUUUUUCUCCCCCCCUCCCCAAUCAUCCAAGAUCAACUCUGCGAACAACAGAAGACGGUUCAUGGCUCUGGCCGCCGCGCCACCAUCUUUCGGGCUGCCGAGGGUGUUCCUGACGGUCAAUCAACAGGGUGAAGACACCAUGCUUGCAUUUUCAAGGCUUUCCCUGGCUUUGUCUUUUCACCAGACGAUAUGGUCCGGAAAAAGAAUCCCCCUCUGAGAAACAUUGCUAGUGAAGGCGAGGGUCAGACCCUGGAGCCGACAGGUACAGAAAGUGAGGCAUCUGGAAAAAAACACGAGUUUUCUGCAGAUCAGAUGUCAGAAAAUCCGGAUCAGAGCGAUGCUGCCGAAUUACAUGAUCAGGAAGAACACAGCUUGCAUGGCCAAGACCCGUCUUCAAGCAGCAAGAAGGACUUGAAAAGCUCAGUCCUGAGUGAGAAGGCUGGCUUCAAUUAUGAAAGCCCCGGUAAGGGAGGAAACCUUGCCUCCUUCCCGCAUGAUGAGGUGACAAGCAGAAAUAUGUUGACUUUCUCAUCUCCAGCUGCUGGGGGAGUCUGUGAGCCCUUGAAGUCUCCUCAAAGAGCAGAGGCAGAUGACCCCGAAGAUACAGCCUGUACCCCAUCAGGGGAUUCUUUGGAGACAAAGGAAGAUCACAAGAUGUCACCAAAGGCUACUGAGGAAACAGGGCAAGUCCAGAGUGGUCAAGCCAAUUGUCAAGGUUUGAGCCCAGUUUCCGUGGCCUCAAAAAACCCACAAGUGCCUUCAGAUGGGGGUGUGAGACUGAAUAAAUCCAAAACUGACUUACUGGUGAAUGACAACCCAGACCCAGCACCUCUGUCUCCAGAGCUUCAGGACUUUAAAUGCAAUAUCUGUGGCUAUGGUUACUAUGGCAACGACCCCACAGAUUUGAUCAAGCACUUCCGAAAGUAUCACUUAGGGCUUCAUAACCGCACCAGGCAGGAUGCUGAGCUGGACAGCAAAAUCCUGGCCCUUCACAACAUGGUGCAGUUCAGCCAUUCCAAAGACUUCCAGAAGGUCAACCGCUCUGUGCUCUCUGGUGUGCUGCAAGACAUCAACUCUUCACGGCCUGUUGUGCUAAAUGGGACCUAUGAUGUACAGGUCACUUCCGGUGGAAUGUUCAUUGGCAUUGGGCGGAAAACUCCAGAUUGCCAAGGAAACACCAAGUACUUCCGCUGUAAAUUCUGCAAUUUCACUUAUAUGGGCAACUCAUCAACGGAACUAGAGCAACAUUUUCUUCAGACUCACCCGAAUAAAAUAAAAGCUUCUAUUCCCUCCUCCGAGGGCUCAAAAUCUUCAGAGAAAAACUCUAACAAAUCCAUCCCUGCACUUCGAGCCAGUGACUCUGGGGACUUAGGAAAGUGGCAGGAUAAGAUAACUGUCAAGGCAGGAGAUGACACUCCUGUUGGCUACUCAGUGCCCAUCAAACCCCUUGAUUCUUCUAGACAAAAUGGUACUGAAGCCACCAGUUACUAUUGGUGUAAAUUUUGUAGUUUCAGCUGUGAGUCAUCUAGCUCGCUUAAACUGCUAGAACAUUAUGGCAAGCAGCAUGGAGCAGCUCAGGCAGGCCUUAAUCCAGAGUUGAAUGACAAGCUUCCCAGGGGCUCAGUCAUUAAUCAGAAUGAUCUAUCCAAAAGUACAGAAGGAGAACCAAUGACCAAGUCAGACAAGGGCUCGAGUGGGACUAAAAAGAAGGACUUCCCAAGCAAGGGUGCAGAGGAAAAUGUGGUCACAAGCUACAACUGUCAGUUCUGUGACUUCAGAUAUUCCAAAAGCCAUGGUCCUGAUGUGAUUGUCGUGGGGCCACUUCUCCGUCAUUAUCAACAGCUCCAUAACAUUCACAAGUGUACUAUUAAGCACUGUCCAUUCUGUCCCAGAGGCUUGUGCAGCCCUGAAAAGCACCUUGGAGAAAUUACUUAUCCGUUUGCUUGUAGAAAAAGUAAUUGUUCCCAUUGUGCACUCUUGCUGCUGCACUUGUCUCCUGGGGCAGCGGGAAGCUCCAGAGUCAAACAUCAAUGCCACCAGUGUCCCUUCUCUACCCCUGAUGUUGAUGUACUCCUCUUUCACUAUGAGACUGUGCAUGAGUCCCAAGUGUCCGAUGUCAAACAAGAAACCAAUCAUCUACAAGGUCCCGAUGGGCAACAGGUCAUCAAGGAAAGCAAAGAACACUCUUGCACCAAAUGUGAUUUUAUCACCCAGGUAGAAGAAGAGAUUUCCCGACACUACAGGAGAGCUCACAGCUGCUACAAAUGCAGGCAGUGCAGUUUCACAGCUGGGGACACUCAGUCACUCCUGGAGCACUUCAACACAGUUCACUGCCCGGAGCCCGAAGUCACCACAGCCAACGGUGAAGAGGAUGGGCCGGCUAUAUCCACCAUCAAAGAGGAGCCCAAAAUUGACCUCAAGGUCUACAGUCUGCUAAAUCCAGACUCUAAAUUGGGAGAGCCAGUCUCUGAGAAUGUGGUGAAGAGGGAGAAGCUGGACGACAAAGAUGGGCUCAAAGAGAAAGUCUGGACUGACAGUUCGAGUGAUGACCUUCGCAGUGUGGCCUGGAGAGGGGCUGACAUCUUAAGGGGCAGUCCAUCCUACACUCAAGCCAGCCUGGGGCUCCUGACGCCCGCGGCAGGCUCCCAAGAGCAGGCGAAGACUCUGAGGGACAGCCCCAAUGUGGAAGCUGCCCACCUGGCCCGACCAAUGUAUGGCUUGACCGUCGAUACCAAGGCCUUCCUGCAGGGGGCGCCAGCGGGCGGAGAGAAGUCUGGAUCCCUCACCCAGCAGUACCCUACGGCUGGAGAAAGCAAAACCAAGGAUGAGUCCCAGUCCCUGUUACGGAGGCGAAGAGGCUCUGGUGUUUUUUGUGCCAAUUGCCUGACCACAAAGACCUCUCUCUGGAGAAAGAAUGCCAAUGGCGGCUACGUAUGCAACGCGUGCGGUCUGUACCAGAAGCUUCACUCGACUCCCAGGCCUUUAAACAUCAUUAAACAAAACAAUGGUGAGCAGAUUAUUAGAAGAAGAACAAGAAAGCGCCUUAACCCAGAGGCACUUCAGGCCGAACAGCUCAACAAACAGCAGAGGGGUAGCAACGAGGAGCAGGUCAACGGAAGCCCCUUAGAGAGGAGGUCAGAAGAUCACUUAAGCGAAAGUCAUCAGAGAGAAAUUCCACUUCCAAACCUAAGUAAAUAUGAAGCCCAGGGUUCAUUGACUAAAAGCCAUUCUGCUCAGCAGCCAGUCCUGGUCAGCCAACAAUCUCUGGAUAUACACAAAAGAAUGCAGCCUUUGCACAUUCAGAUAAAAAGUCCUCAGGAAAGUACUGGAGAUCCAGGAAACAGUUCAUCUGUAUCUGAAGGGAAAGGAAGCUCUGAGAGAGGCAGUCCCAUUGAAAAGUACAUGAGGCCUGCAAAGCACCCCAAUUACUCACCACCAGGCAGCCCUAUUGAAAAGUACCAAUACCCACUUUUUGGACUCCCCUUUGUACAUAAUGACUUCCAGAGUGAAGCUGACUGGCUGCGGUUCUGGAGUAAAUACAAGCUCUCGGUUCCUGGGAAUCCGCACUACUUGAGUCAUGUGCCUGGCCUACCAAAUCCUUGCCAAAACUAUGUGCCUUAUCCCACCUUCAAUCUGCCUCCUCAUUUCCCAGCUGUUGGAUCAGACAAUGACAUUCCUCUAGAUUUGGCGAUCAAGCAUUCCAGACCUGGGCCAACUGCAAAUGGUGCCUCCAAGGAGAAAACAAAGGCACCACCCAGUGUAAAAAGUGAAGGGCCCUUGAAUGUAGUCAAAACAGAGAAAGUUGACAGAAGUACUCAAGAUGAACUUUCUACAAAAUGUGUGCACUGUGGCAUUGUCUUUCUGGAUGAAGUGAUGUAUGCUUUGCAUAUGAGUUGCCAUGGUGACAGUGGACCUUUCCAGUGCAGCAUAUGCCAGCAUCUUUGCACGGACAAAUAUGACUUCACAACACAUAUCCAGAGGGGCCUGCAUAGGAACAAUGCACAAGUGGAAAAAAAUGGAAAACCUAAAGAGUAAAACCUUAGCACUUAGCACAAUUAAAUAGAAAUAGGUUUUCUUGAUGGGAAUUCAAUAGCUUGUAAUGUCUUAUGAAGACCUAUUAAAAAAAAAAUACUUCAUAGAGCCUGCCUUAUCCAACAUCAAA